AUGGUCCAUGGCUUGGCGUCCUUUGGGAAAGCGUACACUCUUAUUACCAUGUGGUGUUGGGCAUCAUUAGCGAGGAUCCACUCUCGUAUGUUCACCGCCGUUUCGAGAGCUCUGCAUUUUAGCUCUGAAUCGGGGGCAUCGAGGCCUCGUGAUUGUCGUUUCUACAAACACUGCAAGGGCAGUGUGCUACGUGUCUCGUAUCCUGGGAAGAUUAUCCUUGGGGGGAAAUGGUAUCCGUAUCCUGUGGCAUCCUUUGGGAGAUCCAUCUGGGGCUGUAAUGGCGGCGAACAGAAAGACAAGAAAAAUCAAACAGUAGGAAAGAAACACAUGAUUGUAGCAAGACAGGCGGUAGUAUGA